CGUUUUCCACAACAAUGUAGUCUAAACCUCGGUCACUUCUGUAUGAAUGAAAAAUCGUCGACAACUGGAAAUCGCGGAAAUGGGUCACGUGUGUCCACCUUUUACUGUUUACUUGUUUGUACUGUGUACUUGUGUGCGUUGCCAUACAACGUCUUGAGAUGAAACAAAACGGUGCCGACUCAGAGAGAAAAUUGUAAACAACAUUCCCAUGACGAAUGUGGGGUAAGUCACGUGAUCAUCGUCAUUAUUUAUUUGAUAUGAAAUACAACUUAUGAAAAACUCACUUUUAGCGUUCAUCGCUGUCUUAAAACUCGUUUACCCUAAACACGUGUAUUCAGUGUAAAUCCACAGCUCAUGUAGAAUAACAUUUAUAGAAAAUAUGGCGCACAAAAUGGACAAAAAUGUUGGAUUACGAUUUUCGAGUGAAGUAACUGUUGUGAUUCCAUGGCAACACGGGGGAGACGUCAUCACGCAGGAACCUAUGACGCGUGAAAAGUUUUAAAUAGUUUGAGAGCGGAGGGAGGGCUCGGACUAUGCUCGGACAGGAGUUAGGCUAUGGAACGAGGAGUAGACCGGGAGUUCAUUCACACUUGUUCCCUCUGGACCUUUAUCCUCACCUUGGUUCCAAUCUUCUCGUCACUCGUUGAGGGUCAGCCUCAGGUGAUUGGGUCAUCUCAGCCAAUCAUCGCUGCCCCAGGUGAUGAUGUCAUCCUGCCAUGCCACCUGGAGCCUGCAGUCGAUGCUCGGGGGUUAACGGUGGAGUGGUCGAGGCCUGAUCUGAAACCUGACCCCUCAGAUCGGUGGAGCUGGGUCAGGUAUGUGCACCUGUACCGGGACAGGCGAGACGACUUGGACAUGAAGAUCCCAUCAUACAUCAGGAGGACGACGCUGUUCACAGACGACAUGAAACAUGGAAACAUUUCACUCAAAGUCAUGAACAUAACAUCUGAGGAUGAAGGAAGAUUCAAGUGUUUCAUCCCAAAUUUAAAGAGCACGGUGAAGUUUUCCUUUGUUCAACUUGUUGUUGAUCCAAACUUAUUUACGACAGAGAUGCCGCUGGAUCCCAGAAAUGUCAGGACUCCAGGUCCAGACAGUCAGACCAGACUCGGCAUUUGGAUCCUGGGCGUGGUCGGCUGCAUCAUGCCCUGCCUGGCUGUUACAGUCGGAGGAUAUUUUAUCAUACGACGGCGUCAAAAACAAGUUGGUGAGGAGUUUACCUCCAGCCAAGGUGUCUCGUUCGAGGGAACUUUGACGGUUGAAGAUGGCGGCAUUGUUCAUCUACCUCCCCUGGACCUCUUUGAGGAUUCAAACCAGCAACACCACCAGUCACAGGUUGACUCACAAGACCAGCAGGAGUGAGAUCUUUAUAGUGGAUACACUAACGACCAUAUGUAAAUCUUGGACAUAACCAAGCGCCAUCCGAAGAACAAAACAUUUACUACUGCCAACAAAGAAGAAAUGAGUCGGACAGUUUCAACUUCAGGCUUUUCAAGAAACCGUGCCAGGCAUGUGUCAACUACAGUCUGAUCUCAGAAACACUCCCUGCACACUGACAAAAGAGGUGUUUUAAUAAAUGAUUCAUUUUGCAUCCUCUACCCACCUUUACUUCUGAGUUGGCAGACUAGUUUCUUACAACAGAAGUAUAUGAGUCAUUAGAAAGGUUAACUGCACACAAAGGCUGUAAAAACAGACAUAUCAGCUAUUCUUGUAAAUAAUAACGGCCUUUUUGAAACAGAGGUUUUUCUGAUUUUAAUUUAAUUUGUGAACAGUCACAGUGUUGCAGUGUGACCCCUCCUCAGUCAGACCAGUUUACAGGUCUUCCUCAAGAGUGAUGUUUAUUCAUGUGUAAACGGGAGCCAGAAAUGUAUAUAAAUAAGUUCACUGUGGCCAAGAAACCUCAUGUUGCCUUCAAAGCUCAGAAAACACCAGCACCUACCUCUGACUUCAGCUGAGUUUAACUGAAAAUGCCAGUAACCAAACAGUACAGCUGCUCGCCUUCAUAAACCUGCAGCUGACCUGUUUAUCAUCUGUAUUUUACUGCUCUAGUGCAAAUCUCAUGUUCUAUUGGUGAUUAAUUUAUUUGUAUUUUUGUACAUAACUGUUAACAUUGUAAAAUAUAUUCUGUUCUGUUUGGAGGAAGGGUUGGCUGUGGGUGGUGAGAAUGGGAGAGUUAUUGUGUGCCUCUUGUUAAAGUCAUAUAUUUUCACAGUUUUGCACUGAAACCAUGUGAACUCUAUGUAUCCAGGACAUGAAGGGCGUGAACUGUGAUGUUAAUGACCUCUGUAAGUGAGUGAAGUGAUAACUUACAUUAAUGACAUUCAGCUGUGAUCAGUCUGCACUGAUAAUGAACUGUUACGGGCAGGUCUACUAAAGGGAAGGAGCUAAGAACUAAGCUGUGCAUAUUUUCUGUCACUGUAAAGGAAUGAAAUAAAAUAAAAGUGCAACAAUCA